AAGCUUGCCUGACAAAGGGAGGGCAAGCCCAUCAUGGAUGAUGAAGAGACGGAUGAUCUCAUUGACACCGCGGAGGAAUCUGAGAUACAGGAGGAGGAGGAUGGCGCGGGUCGAGAUGUAGACACCCAGUCGGAGGCGGUGGAUGAUGAAAACGCUAUGCCGGUGAUCGGCGAUCUGGACAAAUAUUUGCAGGUUUACGAACAGACCUUCGAAAAGAUCCAGAUUCCGACGGACGUGCAACAAGAGAGCUUGCAAGCACUGCAGGACUUCCUGGCCACGCAGACCUCCCGGGAGGCGGCUGGGGACGUCAUCUUCAGCGCGAUCUUUGAAGCGGCUCCCUCCCUGCAGGGCUUGUUCAAAGGGCCCCGCUCCAUCAUGUCGCAGAAGUUCGUGGCGGCGUUGCUGUCCCUGGCGACGGUGGGCCCAAAGCCCGGGAUGCUCAAGACGCAGGUGGAGACCAUCGGCUUCCAGCACUUGGAUGUUGAUGUGACCGUCGCGCGCGCGGACGUGUUCCGCGAUGCGAUCCUGGAGCUCUUUGACCAGGAGCUUGGCCCCAAGUUCACCACCAAGGCCCGCUUUGGCCUUCAAAUUCUGCUGAACUAUGCCAGCGGCGCUCUGAUUUUCAUCCGGCGUGAGUAUGCAAGCCGCAUACGGAUCAUUCAGAACAGCUGGCAGUUGGCCAACAAAAAGGCCGCUGGGAUCACAGACGUGCAGGAAGCCCUGACAGGCACGAAGAAGGGGCAGGAAAAGCGCAGCAGCAUCUCAAGAGAACAGACAGAGGAGGACUCGGAAGGUGAGCUGGACUUGGACUUAGACAUGACCAAGAAUACGGACGGCAUGAUGGUGCCGAAUUCAUUCAACGACAUGUUCCUUUUCAACGCUGCAGUCAUGGGCCUUAGCAACAACGAGUGGAUGAAUCUCAUUCUGGACCAGCUGGAUGCCAUUGCGAACAACGUGGCGAAUCCAUAUCGUUUGCAGGAGGAGUGCGAGGUGCUGGCACUGGUUUUGUCCAGAUACCACGGCAGCUUCGUGCUCUCUGAGUUCAAGGCGGUGGUGCUGGCGUCUUUGCGGUCGCUGGUGCCCACGGAGUGGACCUCGGAGCACGAAGUGGCUUGGAAUUGGCUGUGGCAGAAUGUGGAGCGGCUGCUGAAAUCCGUGCUGGGCAAGCCGCAGGUGUACGAGAAAGCUUUGACUGGAGUGCUGUCCGGGCUUCCGGAUGAUCAAGUGGCAUUUCUCCGCCAAGAGUUUUUCCUGAACUUCUUCAAGGUUGCGCCAACUGGGCAAGACUUCUUCAAGCAGUCGCUGACCCGGCUCUACUACAUUGCGGACAAAAUCAUAGAGAUGACGACGGAUAUCUACACGCAGCCGCGGGCCAUGGUGGAGGACAUCAGCGGCCUGGGUUUGCGACACGUGGGCUACGCCAUCCCCGCAGAGCUCUUCCCGCCCUUCGUGACCUCUGCGGUGGAGAUCUUUAGCCAGGUCACCACCGAUGACACGGCCAUCACUGCCUUCCAGUGGUCCAUGUCGCUGGUCUGCAAAAUCCUGGUGCGGGCCACCUCGGAGGGGUCCACGGUGGUGAUGAAAGCCAUCAGCACUAACGACGAGGUGUCUAUGAAGAAAGCCAUGGCCACCUCUGCGCGCGGGAAGCGGGCCCAGGAGCUCUUAAACAUCUCAGUGGGCACGCAGUCCAUCUCUCCCUUCUACUGGUCCAUCCAGAGCGGCAAUCUGAAUAGCGCCAAGGCAAUCCUGGAAGAUUUGCUCACAAUCCGGGCCGACCGGGACGUCUACUACUAUGCCUGUGAUGACUUGUUCACGCGCCAUCCUGAUGUUGUGAAAUACUUGAUGACGGACGUGCCUCUGCUUUUGGACACCCUGUUUAAUGGCCUGGUGUGGCGAUCGCGCUGGAUCAACAAGGGCUACAGGCGGGUGAAUUACUACGUGAAGCACCUGGUGCAGGACUUGGAGGGUCAGCCCAGCGAGACGCUAUCAUGGCUCGCUGACUACCGAGACCCGAAGCUCAUCAGUCACGAGACCAUAGUCACGAUGUCUGACAUCCUGUGGGACGGGGUCAAGUAUCAGUUUCUGCGGCGCAGGCUGUUCUUCAUCCUCUCGCUGUGUCUCUUCUUGGCAAGCCAAUCCGUCCUCACGGUCUUGGAGCCAUCGCAGAAUAUACGCAAUGCCUUGUUUGUGUGCCGCACGCUCAUCUACGUGCUGGGCCUGCCGCAGCUCUUGUACGUGCAGUUGAAAUCCUUGUGCGAGGAUUGCAGGAACGGGGACGUGGACCGCAUCCUGCGGGUACCCGUGCCCCAGUACCUCUGGCAGUGGCAGGGCCUAGGCUCUCUGAUCCUCCUGUGGCUACUGAUCAUGAUGUGCACCCUGGAGCCCAUGUAUUGGUGCCUGGGGGACUUGAGCUAUCCACUCUUUUCGGUGAACUGUCCGGCGGGCCUGGAGUGGAAGAGGGUCUACUCCACCUUCUCCUGUGUAGCGAUGAUGAUCUACUGGAGCUUGUGCUUGCUUCUCAGCGUUUUUCACAUGCGCCUCUCUGCCUUCAUCCUGGUGUGCAAGCGCGUCAUGUCGGAGGUGGGUCUUUUCUUGCUGGCCCUUGCCUUCAUCCUGUUGGCCUCUACCACUUCCGUGGUGGCCCUGGACCACACGGUGGAGGACUUCGGCGACAUGGGCGCUGGGACCAUGACUCUGUUGGAGAUGAUGGCGCUGAGUCUCUACCCGACCAGCAAGCUCGACGAGUUGCGGCAUGAAGAGGUCUUGCUGGUAUUCGUCAUCGGCUUCUGCAUCUUUGUCACCCUAUUCUUGUUCAGCAUGCUCAUCGCACAGCUGAACCAAGCCUAUCAGCACGGGUUCGAGGAUAUGCUCGGCUAUGCGCGUCUGAACCGUGUUCAAAUCACCGUUGCAGAGCUGGAGGUCAUGCCCCAGAAGCGCUGGCUUACAUUUCUGGAAUCAUUGGCUUUGGGCCAACAUCUGGACUUCAACGAGGGUGACGUGGGCGUGUCGGGGGGCGUCCAGGUGCUGGAGCUCGGAAGCUUGCACCCCACCGCCACGGAGUCGAUCCGCCGCUAUGGGGGCUCCACCGCCCCGUCCAUGCCCUGGCCGGAGGAGCCAGGUGACUAUGGGAGCGAGGACAAGUUCGAGAAGCUAGAGAAACUGAUCAUCCGCACCACCAAGAGCCUGGCAAAGGGCAAUCGGAAGCAUGGGGGUGGCGCGAGCGGCGUGAGCGGCGUCGGCUCAUCUAUGGCUCAGUCGGCAAGCAGCGGCGGUGAUUCCUCGAAUGAGUCUGUCUAGGCCCAGGCGCCCGGCAUCGUGUCACCAGCAAGCUUCGGAGGCGAAAACAUGCCCAAGCUGCACAAAUGAAUUUGGCCGUGUGGCACUCUUUUCGGGCUGAAGUGUGGGCGUUUCUUCCUGUGAAUUGCCUGAAGUCUUUCUCCUUUAGGGUGAAUAGGUUCUACAUAGCAGUGCACUGGAAAGAAGGUCCCAUGCUCGGCGCAAAGCCCUGCAGUCAGGUGGCUCGGUGUCAUAGUUGCACCCAAAGGCCGAAAGGUCGGCCUUUGUGUGACCUUUUUCGGAGCCCCAUCCUAGCUUGUUUGCCACUUUCCUCAAUGCCGGGCACGUGCUCGGCCAUGCCAUUAUCAAGAAGCUUUGUUCAGUAGAAGUAUGGAAUUAGCGCCUGUGGUGACACCUACAGUGAUGUCCAGGAGGCCCUACGUGCAUUUUCCAUCUGCCAUGGAAUAGUGAGCGCGCCCAAAGGGCAUACCCAAAAGGGCGUGCCCAAAAGGGUGCAAACUUGAAGAACCAAAGAGAACAGCUUGCUGGAGAAAAGGAGUCUUGAAGGUGCAUAUUAUGAGGCUUGCCCUCGACCUGUC